GUCAAAAUCACCUCCAGCUUCCAGUAGCCAUCCAAAACCCUGCAUCGGAGGAAUUCAUAAACCGGUGAGAUUCUCUAUCGACGGACUGUUUAGAAUCUGAAGCCAAUGGGACUCGAAUUUAGACGCCGAGACUACCGAGCCGAAGAGCAGUCCCACUCACUUCCGCGUGUCCCGGCCGAAUCUCAUCCUCUCUCCGCUCCCGCUCCUAAUCCCUCUCCGUCGCCUCGCCAGGUGAAUUUAUUGGAUGACGGAAAAGAUGAUUUCUUUGAUCCACUGAGGUCAUUGAAUGGGACGAUGGAAUUUUCUGCCAACAUUUUGCAACAUGAAGAUAUUAAAUCCGACAAGACAGUCCCCAAGGAAAUUUAUGCUCAAUCACAACAGAAGGAAUGGAAUUCUUUCACGAAAAUCUUAAUGCAAAGAUUCCCUGUUUCUAAAACAAUUUCGAUAUCUUUGGUAGCCAGCAGAGAUAUGAAGGGUAGUAAAGCAAAUGAGAAAUCAUUGAAAGAUUCGCACUUGGAGGAAUUGGAUGACCCUCAAAAAUUUGCUGAAGAUGUUAAGGUUAUCAGUCAGCGGGAGUAUGUCUCACGAUUACUUGAACUCAAAGAUGAAAUCAAACUUGCUUGGUAUGCCGAUGACCGUGUAACAUCUUUAAGGUUGUCGAUCAAGGUUGCCAGACUUCUUAUGGAUACAACCACAGUCCAGUUUUAUCCAAAUCUUUUUGUUCUAUCAACGGAUAUAAUGGACUUGCUAGGUGAUUUAGUAUGGAAUCGCAUUAAGAAAAGGGCUGAGUUCAAUGAAGAUGGGAGAUUUAUUUGCUAUUUGCCAGAUAAUUUUGAAGCAGCUGAUAUUUGCUAUGAUGCCAAAGAGACCUGCAAUAACUGGUUCUGCAAAAUUGGUUCAGUUCGUGAGCUCCUUCCUCGCAUCUAUCUGGAGCUUUCCAUGUUGCACUGCUGGCGCUUCCUUCUUGACCAUCCCAUGGAUAGCCUUCGACGCUUGGUUAUGAUGAUAAGGGGCAUUGCUGAUCCGCUGGUGUCGGCCUAUUGCCGCUUGUACUUGGUACGAUGUGCUCAAAGACUGCCACAACGUGAUACAGGAUAUUUGAUUCAUUGCAUUAAUGACCUGAAAGUGCAAUUAUUGCACCUCAUAUCAGUGAGAGAGAGCACAUCUGGAAAUUUUUCGGGAAACAGUAUAUUGCUGCUUAGCCUGAUUGAACCGACUAUUGAGUAUAUCAUAAAAUGCUUAUUCAAGGAUCUAAACCAGAUGGAAAUCAGAAGUAUGCUUGAGGCACUUGGAAUGAGGAGGAACCAAUCAGACUCUUUCGAAAACUGUUCAUGCAUCUCAAUCAUUCUUCAUCAUAUACUGAAGGAACUUCCUCUUGGUUUCCUUUGUUCUAAUUCUUUCGAAAUGCUUCAUCUCAUUGAAUGUACUGAUGAUUUCUCCUUCGAACAGUGUUUGAAUUACAAAUUACUUGGAUUUAGGCUGUGUGAAAGGAUACCUGAAGUCAGCAACGUCGAUCUAAUAGUAGAAAAAAUUGUCCAGGUUAUAUCUAGUUACAACGGUCUGGAUGCGUAUUUAAAGGUUGUGGAUGCCUAUUUGGACAUAAUAUUCGAGAAUCAGUUUGAAACGUAUCUAAAUGGGAUUCUAGAUGGCAUAUUUCAUCGUGCACAGGAAGAUGAGAUUGGUGAAAAUGAACUAGCAAGCUUGCAGUCAAUUUUCUUGAAACUCCUUACACAUUUCGCCAAUAUUGAAAAGAUAUUAGCUCUGAAUCAUUUCAUUGACAUCUUAGAUGUAAUGUAUGGGAGCUCAAGAAACACUAUCAAUAUGCACAUUCUUAGUAUGGCCACCAGGAAUGGUUGUGUACAAGAUCCGACGGUCAUUGAGGCUCUAUUUGAAAUUUCUCAGGCCUUGUGUGAUGGUGUAGACUUCUCAAAUAUAAGAAAGGACGAUUAUCAACAUCCUGCACAUCUGAUUUCCCGCUUCGUAUAUAUGGUUGACUAUGGUCCGGAGGUUGAACAACAUUUAACUUUUCUCACUGAAUGUCGCGCAGCUUUUGGAAGCAUAAGUGUACUCCAGGAGACCCUCGUUCACUCCAGCAAUAAUUUAGCUGUUAAAUCCAUAAGAGAUGGAAAUAAUAAUAUCAAUUUCAUCAAAUCUUGUCUAGCAUUUAAUGAAGUUACAAUACCUUCUAUCCACACUCACUGGAGACAGUUGAAUCUUUAUCUUGAAACAGCGGAGGUUGCAUUAUUGGGUGGCUUUAUUUCUCAUUCGGAUGUGCUGAUAGAUGCAGCAGUCAAUUGUUUGCGAAAUGUAGAGCCAGAUGAUGGCUUGCUGGUGCCUGGUGAUGUUGAUGGGAUAAUCUCGUUAAUAUGCAAAUUAUGUGGCAUCAUGGUGAUGGUUCCAGGUAGCCUUGAACAAGGAGUUGCUUGCAUCCCGAAGCUUGUGCUGUCUAUCCUGGACACUCAAUCAUGGAUGUUGCCAAGAUUGAAAAUCAAGGUGUCAUGUGCAAUCAUUUCAUUGUCUGCUGGACUAACCCAAAAUCCACUUCCAUACCAUGCAUCCAGCAGUGAGGUAAUGGGUAAUGACAAAUUGUUCUUUGGCGUACCGGCAUAUCCUCGAGAACUUCUGUCAUUUUCUGCUGUUAUUCUUCAGAAAAUUGUGAAUAUCGUCUUGGAAGAGGGUUCUAUGGUUGUACGAGGAAAGCUUGCGCUGGAAGCUUGCAACUCUAUAGCAUCAUCCUUUAAAAUGUCUGAUGAAAUGUUGGCAGUUAGCUCGAAAUUACUCGAAAUUGCAAAGUCAUGCUUGAGUGCAGAUGACAAGUAUUUAAGACUUACCUUGGAGUUAUUACAUAUGGAGUAACACGUGUAGAAUCGGUUCUUCUUUUUGUUGGUACUUACGUACAAUGUGUAUUGAUAGACAGGAAACAAAUGUACAAUUUGUGUAUUAUUUUGUCUGGUAGUGUGAGUUCUAACCCGAAUUUGUAUAAUGAAAAUUCAAUACAUUUAGAGUUUGUCUGAUUGAAAACAUGAAAUUUACAUGGAAGAAAAAUACAGUCUAGGUUGCCUACAAAUUA